AUGCAACGAGCUCAGUCUGCAGUGGAUUUUUCCAAUCUGCUCAACCCCGACUCGGCCGGCUCCGCUGGUGACUCCAUGAUCCGGCAACAGCUCCAACAGCAGGACGAGAUGAGCGACAUUGAAAUGACAUCGGCCGGAAGCACUUCCGGCCUGGCCACGUCUAUUCGCCCUAACGGCCCUGUGCCUACCGGCCAGCCGUCGGAGGCUUCGACUGAGAUGCCUCGGCCGUACAAGUGCCCGCUUUGCGACAAGGCCUUCCACCGUCUGGAGCACCAGACCAGACACAUCCGCACGCACACGGGCGAGAAGCCGCACGCCUGCCAGUUUCCCGGCUGCAGCAAACGCUUUUCCCGCUCGGACGAGCUGACCCGCCAUUCUCGCAUACACAACAACCCGAAUUCGCGCCGCCACAACAAGGUCACCCACAUCUCCCACGGCUCCUACGGAAACCCAGAGAGCCUGAUGCCGCCGCCGCCAGGCCCCAAGACCAUCCGCUCCGCUCCGCCUUCGGCCCUGGGCUCGCCCAACCACUCGCCGCCGCACUCCUUCUCCUCCUACAGCCUGACCAGCGGUCUGAAGCCGCCUUAUGGCAGCAACAGUGGCAGCCGUGGUGGCGUCACCUUUGGUAGCACUGCUCCCCAGCAGGCCCACGAAGGCAUGGACAUCAACCUGCUCGCCAAGGCUGCCCACCAGGUGGAGCGCGAGACACUGAUGGGUCCGCCCUCACACUUCUCCUCGCCCUCUUCCUCGCGUCAUCACAGCCACAGCAGCAGCAGCCACCACCUGCUGCACCACCACCACCACAACGGCAACCACCAUCACACCAGCCCGCCCUCGUCGUACUACGCCCACUCGGCCCACUCUUCGCGCAGCCACCUGCCGUCGCUCUCGGCCUACCACAUGUCGCGCAGCAACUCGCACGAGGAUGGCAACCAUGGCCCCAACUCAGCCAGCACCUCGAGCAGCAGCAACGGCGACGAGCACUACGCAAACAACUACCGCAUGCCCAAGCGGUCGCGACCCAACUCGCCCAACUCCACGGCCCCGUCUUCGCCGACGUUCUCGCACGACUCACUCUCGCCCACGCCCGACCACACACCGCUGGCCACACCGGCGCACUCACCGCGGCUACGGCCCUUUUCCAGCACGUACGAGCUGCCGCCGUUUCGCCAGCUGUCGCUGCAGUCGCAUACUACGCCCGCCUUGGCGCCACUCGAGCCACAGCCCGACUCGUCCAAGUACACGGCGCCCAGCUCGACCGUCACGCGGAGUAGUAGCGGCAUGUCUCUCAGCGACAUCCUCAGCCGCACAGACGGCUCGCAGAGGAAGCUGCCGGUGCCACAGGUCAUGACCAAGGUGGUGCCAGAUCUCCUCAUGCCGAGCGACGGCUUCAACCUCAGCGGCCGGAGCUCCACAGCCAACAGCAUCGCGGGCGGCGACUUGAUGGAACGCAUGUGA